GUUUGCGUGGGCGGGAGAAGAGUGUAGUUAGUGUCUUGUUUGCGCAGAUUCAGUGAAUCACUCAGUCCCUUUGGAAUGGAAGAAGAAGAAGCUCCGAUUCUGCGACUGGAAAUUCUGCAAGGCCCUGGCGAAGGCAAAACCCUAGACUUCAAACCCGGAUCCGCCGUCCGAAUUGGUCGGGUCGUGAAGGGCAACACCCUCCCCAUUAAGGACCCCGGUAUCUCCUCCAAACAUCUCUCCAUUCUCAACGAAUCCGGCGAAUGGAUCCUCCGCGACCUAGACUCCUCAAACGGCACCGUUUUGGACACUUCACAUAUUCCCCCGAACACCCCCUUCGCUCUCCACCACGACUCCACCAUCAAGAUCGGAGAAUUCACCUCCAUCCACGUCAUCUUUCUCCCUUCCCAACAACAACAACAGCAACACGCUCUUCCCCCCAGACGGAACCCCACGCGCCGCGGUCGAACCGAUCCGGCUCCAGCUCUGGUUCCGGCUCUUUCUCAGCCGGUUAAGCCACGCGGCCGCCGAAGAGGUUUGGGAGUAAAGGAUGGGGAUAAGAGUCAGGUUCAGAGCGUUGAUGUAAACGAGGCGAGUGUAGUGGACGUGGAAUCUGAGUGCGUGAAUCCUCCCGCGAGGGUUACGCGGAAGUCGAAAAGAGGAGGGAGCGAGGCUAAAGGAUCGAGUGUUGAUAAUUUGAUUCUUGCGGAGAAGGUGGAGGAAAAGAAGGAUACGCGGGAUCCAAGUUUGGUUGUGGUUUCUGAUUCCGGUGAUGAUAAUUUCGAUAAUCCGGUGGUGGAGGAACCGAAGAAGGCGCGCGGGACACGGAAUUCGAAGAACACGCGUGGAGUGACUGCGAAAGUUGAGAAUGUUGAGAAGAAGACAAAGAUGGGUGUUGUUGGAAAGAGGGAAUUGGAUAAAGAAGGUGAAGAUGGGAAUGGUGGGAAAGAGGCUUGUGACGGGAAAGAAAAGGGGAAUUCGAAUGAAGAUGAUAGGAAUUGGCCUGAUUUGAAUAAGAUGACACUUGGUGAGUGGUUGGAUUUCUUGGAAGUUCACCUGCCCAAACAGAUAAGAGAUGAAACAGAAGAGAUGUUUGAUUCAAUGACUCAAACAGCUGAGGGACUCCGCGAGUACAUCGCAAAGAUGCAACAGAAUGCCAAGGAUAAAAUGACACUGGAGAGAUAGGCCAAAAUUUUAGUUCCUUGUCGACUUUACUAUUUCAUUUAACUUUUGUUUGUCAGUAAAUGGAAGGAUGAGAGUGGGCCAAGAAAAUAAAAUUGUAGAAGUCAAGGGGCUUGAAUUUUAUUCCAGAUUGUUUCAUGGCUCCAUGGACUUGGUAACUAUGAACACUAUGGGUAACUCGUACUCAGCAAGCAAUAUUAGAUUGGAAGGAAAACAUUACUAUUCUAUAUUGGCACCAUGUGAUGCAACCUUAAUUCUUUCGGACAACAGAUUGGAAAAGCUUGAUGGCAAUACUCCUCAGUAUUCUGUCACUGCCGAAUUGAGUGGUUUGGUUGGUACUCAUUUUGUGGACUUUGUCAAUUUAACUAAUCUGUUGGUAUUUAUCUUUUUCUGUUCUACCUGCAUUGCUUAUAUGUAGUUCUAAUAUUGUCCCCAUUUAUCAGAUAUCCUUAGACGAGGUUCAGUUACAGCACAUGUGUCUUGUGUGCGAUUAUAUUUGCACUUGUAGAUUAAGAGAAAAGUAAGUUCCUUGCCAGAGCUUGAGUUGAAAAUGAGAAGAAAACAAUUAAAUACACUUCAUAUUUUCCGAGUGUGCAACAAUUUAUACAGCCUUGGUCAUAAAAACUUAUGCUAGAACUAUGGACGUCAUAAUUGAGUCUGAUUACAACAAAUAAGAAAAUAUCGACUAAUCAAUUCUGGUAAGGAAUAACUAAAUCUUCAGAAAGGAAAGAGGAAAUAAACACAUUAAGGUCAUGCUGCACAUGUUACAACAGCUUGAAAUAGUUGUUUUUGUACUGUUAAAGAAGUACUUUCUGGACAUACUUUCACAUGGUGCAUUAAUCUUUAUUUUUUUUCAGAAACAAAAUAACAUUGAUAUAUAUGAAGCAAAACACGAGGCAAGGUUAAAACAGUGACAAUUAUUUACUGUUCACUGAAUUUUUUUAUAACAAUUUUAAAUUUGGAAAAAAAUUGUAGAAACUCUUCAGCUGAUCAGAUAGUUUUGCGAAUCUAACAUUAAAGUAAAUUUCCAGCCUGUCAAUUUUUGUUAUUGCAGUAGUUGGAAGCAGAUCAGUGGAUGUGAAAAAUAUUUCCAGUUAUCGACUGCUUGGUUAUUCUAAUAUUAUAUCAACAGUACAAUACUCUUUUAUGAAUUCCGAGUAUAUUCAUUGAUUUAUGCUUUUCAUCUAUUGUAUAUUGCAAAAAGGUUUAUCUAGGAAGACUUGUGGUUACACAAAUUGUGUAAUUCUCGUGUUCUGCACAAAACCUAGAUCUAACUUCAGCACUAACUAUGCACUAUUCAUUAUAACAUUAGUUAUCUGAGUUGAAGCUAAAACUGGUUUCAGACUUCCAGUUCUUAUGCGGAAUAGUGUAUCAGAAGGAACAAAACUGAGUACUUUUUCAGUGACUCAGGAUUUGUAAUUCCUUGAUAGAGGUAUGGACGCUUUCGCCCCUGGCAUUGUCUUUUACCAAGAAAAUGUGAAGGCUGGCAAAUAUUUUGGUGGCACUAUGCACAGCAAUCAGUUCUUUCUUAUGUUCGUAGGAAAUUGAAGAAAACAUCAUGGAGAUACUUUGGUGAUCGAUUGUAAGUUCAUGCAAUAUAAUUCGUUCUCAAUAAAAGUUGUGUUUGAUUUCUGAUGUCCAUUUCUGUUUCUCCUACCUUUUGCGGGCUCUCUCUCUCUCUCUCUCUCUCUGUUUCUCCAGCUCUAGUUUUCUCUCACCUCCACUUGACUAUGAUAACUUUAGGCAUUACUUGAUCUGAAUUUGCUCUCUUUACCAUGUCAAUGUCAUACUCUGUAUUGCCUUGUUAGAUGACUAAUUAUGAUACCUUGGCCUCUAAUAUCAAGCUAUGCCACAAGGGACAAGAUUAUGGUAAUUAUCGUUUUCAGAAAAACUGUUUAUGAUAUUAUUCAUAGAGGAGCAAUUGCUCUUAAAUAUAAUACAUAGAUAUACUAACCUAAAAUCCUAAUUUAUAAUGGAUAUAAUCUAUCCCUACAAUUCAAAAUCAAAGAUCUUGGAUUAUAAAUAUAUAAUAUGCUGUCAGCCUAUUAAUUGUCCUAAUUAUGAAAUGUAAUUAAAUUUCCUAGAUAUGUAAUUAAAAUUAUACACGGAAAUAUUAAAUGCAGCAUAAAUCAAGGGAUUCUAACACUGCCCCUCAAGUUGGUAUCUUUAAAUUUAUGUCUUCCUUUUCCUACUUAUAAGGCACAAAUAGAAGGAGAAAUGUAGUAUACCUGAUUUCCUUAUGACGUGUGUUGUUAUGCAGUUUCUCCCUCACAUUCAUAUACCUUGUCUAGGUAAUUCUUUAAGUUUCCUGGAUGCAGAUGUUUUCGACGGAAAUAUAUGAACUUGUACAAGAUUAAGUUGGAUUUUCUCCAACAAGAACAGGUUGCUUCUUUUCCUUCUUUCUUUGAAAACAUAUUGAUGGGAACCAAAAUAUAUGUUUAUAAUGUAACCAAAAUAUAUUUUUUGGUAUCCUGAAAUAGAAUUUGUUUUGGUUUUAU